AUGAACGUCCGCUUCUCCGAUUAUGUCUCAACAACCGGGAAAGUUACCUCAGGAGUGCCCCAGGGUGGGAUCCUAUCCCCUGCUUUUCCUUAUAUACACCCACGACUUCGUGCAUGCCUCCAAGCAGAUAGUAGGCAUCAUGUUGCCGCCUAUGCCGAUUAUGUGAAGGUUCCCAUAGCAUUUCAUGCACAAGACCAGGACGAGGCUCGGGGAUUAUUGAACAAGGCCGUCGAGAAUAUGUGUAACUGGUGUUCUAGAUGGGGAUUGAAAGUCAACCGCAGAAAAUGUUAUCUCUUCUCACUGGAGGCCGUGAGACUUGAUGUGCGGUUUCCUGACGGAACCUCUGUUGCACCAUCUCUCAAAGUCAAGGAUCUUGGGGUCAAUUUAUCAGCUGGUCUAACGUGGAGCUGUCAUAUGGACGAAAUUUCAAGUAAAGGACUCAAACUGGUGCAUCCUGUUCAGGAAUAUCCAUACUUCCGAAAUCUCCGGCUGGAUCAGACUCUACAAGAUGUAUUUUCUCCCGAUAGUCGAAUACUGUAG